UCAAAUUUCGCAAAAUCUUGCUAUUUAAGUUUCGUAUCGUCAGCUCGAAACAAGCCUGAUUUGGGACGCUCGCUAGGACCAAGUAGAAUGACUAUUUCAAUUCAGGGAAAAACUAGGGCGAAAACAGCUUCUAAUUUGACCUAUUAGGAAUCGUUUCGAUCGCAUCUUCCGUCAAAAAGGAAAGGGCACGUUCGUGCAUCGGCCUUUGGUAUCGGUCAUCAGUCACUGAUGGUGGGACCGGAUUAAAAGAUCGGACCAAACAGAUGUUCGCACGAUCUCAUUUAACGUUGAUACGAAUAUGACCCAGUUUUGAUUUAUUCGUAAUUAUGGGUUCAGGAUGUUGUUUGUCUUCGGCAACGUCACCGGCAGAACUAGUCUCCACUCCAGUCUCGUGUCCACAGUCAUCCAAGGUCGCCUCAUCGAAAAGUUCAGUCUAUCCAAAUUGUCAAGGUCAGCCCCUGGAGCUACCAGCUGAAGACGACGACUCCGACCUUCCAAUAUGGGCCUGUCAAUGCGUUCACCAGGCUGAGAACUCGGUUGUCCUUCACUCUGGAUUGAUUGUUUCUAUUGUUCCCCAUCUCGAAAGCGUGGCCUUGCCCGAUCGAAGGCUUCGUCGCCGGUGGGAUGUUCCGCUUCAUGGGCAGUGCUUUUUCGCAAAAGCAUCAGAUGCGACUGAGUCUACGUCUGUAAAGGACAAGGUCCCGACAAAAGCUUCGACUCGAAACUCUACUCCAACACCCAGCACAAGUAAAUCAAUUUCGUCACGCCAGGUUCCAGGUUCCCGUUUGAGGUCUACGCUUUGUGAAGAUCAGGAAAGUGUCCCGCGAAUGUCUAAAGCGACUCGGCGUGUAGUGUUAACGCGACGCGUGGUGUUUGGGGGUUUAACUGGCGGGUCAAAGCCAGUAUCAAAAUCUGGGUUAGUCCAAACCAGUCUUGGCAAGCCAAAUGGACAGCUCGCUGCUGUAGCCUCGUCAGAGUCAGUCGCCAGGUUAAUUAAACCGUUUGUCAAGUACGUCAAUGUGGAUUGGUAUAACUCAUUAUAUCGUAGUCAGUUUCAGCAAUCGAAUAUGUACUCGUUAGUCUUCCAGGACAGACGGAUUACCAGGUUUAAACGUCCAUUGCAAACUCGAACCUCACAGCUUCUGUUCGGAUCGGUCCUGUCCAACAAGACGACAUCGCUCAGAUUGGCAAGAUUCGGAUUGUAUCAGAUUUCUCCAGAUUGGGGUAAUUCAGACUCCUUUGCAAGUUCGACAGAUUCAGGGUAAUAAAUACAAAAACAGCGAAAAUAUUAACCUUCAUAUAGGUAGAAAGCUUCGUUUGGUGCAAAUACCCAAAAAUCAGCUGGUAUCUCACUCGACUAUACGUAGUUAGGACAGUAUGUUGCUGCUAUACGAACUGGAAACCACGCAGCUUGAGACAUUGUAUUAAGCUUCUAGCCUCCGGUUUACCUUGUUUAUUUUUGAAUCCCUAACGUUUUUUUAAUAACGAUCAUGAUGUAAUCUUUACCAAAAAUUACAUCAUGUUUUAGACGUCGGUGUCAAACGAUGAGUGCUUUUAGUCAAUGUCUCCUUUGGCAUUGUCCGUCGGACAACUAGUUACUUCAAAGGUACGAAGUGUUUCAAACGAAAAUUCUAUUAAAUAGUAGUAGAAGUUGACAUUGUACAGGAGUGGUACACCGACAUGAUCAUGCAGAAGUACGGCUAUCCUUAACGUAACGUAACGUUGACUACGAUUUAACGAACAAACGGAAAUGAAUGUGCGAAAGGCUGUCUAAAGGACUGUACAAUCAACUGAUUGUCUCCUCUAGCUCAAUUCAGACUGAAUCCGAAUGAGAAAAAAACUUCCGUCAGUUAUCACUGACAGCGUGAAACAUUCACUAAAACCAAAGGCAAUUGAUCUAAGCUUCAAAGGCGAACAUUAUUAGCGACGGUAAUAUUCACGCGGUGAAAUUUACGGCACAGGAGCCUACGUCUUUAUGUUUGUAUAAGAACGCUUCAUUAUUCGCUGGAUUCGGAUUUUCGUAAAAAUUCUCGCGAUUAGUUAAUAGCGUCUCGAGACGGAAAAAAAAAAAAAAAGUUGUUAUUUUCGUAAAAAGGCUUCACUUUGAACGGCGUUCGACUUUUCUAGUCGUACCAUCUUCAUUGUAUAAAGCGGUGCACUAAGACGUUUGUCCUGCCAAGCAUGAACUGUUGAUGACAAUAGGUCAGAAGCAAUAACUGUAUAUGUUACAAUACCUACUAAUUCGCACCCGUUAUAUUGUAUAGUGGAUCAACUUCGAUAUAUACAGAUGUAUAGUAGAUCGAAAUACUACAUGGCUAAUAAUAUCUAUUUAGUCGGUCAUCGGCUUCUACUAUUUUAGGUAUUUUACAAUUUAGGUACGACAAGCAGGUUUAUUCGGUCCUACAUUGUGCAUACAAUUCGUGUGGCAAUUGUUUUCGACAAAGCAAUGUCUCGUUUCGUUGAACGAGAUAUUUGGCUUUCCAAACCGUUGCCACAUUGAUUCAGGUGAGCCUAUAGGUAUACAAAUGUGUAAGGCACGAUGCCAUACGGACGUGCCAAAUUGAGAACGGCCUAACUACACGAGCAGGGAUACGCAAGCAAAGACGAAGACGUUUUAUUUCUAUUAGUACCCUACCGAAUAAAGAGUCGACCGUGUUGAAUUCGUUAUUAAUGGAUGUUUAUUUGAGUGCAACUAAUCGUACAAAAUAUACAUGAGGUAUCUUCCAUGUGGAGAGCCAUGCCUCUCUUAGACAUGUGGCAGAUGCUUCCGAGUGGCUCGUCGCGAAACCUCACCAUCCAGAGCGUCCGUCACACUCGUUCAUUACACAUUAUACGGUUUUUAUCGGUUUUUUGCCAAAAAAUUGCUUAUAUCAUUUCUUUAAUCUCUUUUUCGCCCUUCACUACACAUUACUGCCAUUUAUCAGUGUAACCGCCACUAUAAUUAUUAUCAGCUUCAUUAUCAGCUUGUCACCCAACUGCUCGCAUGUGGACGCGCAAUAUUUUUUAAUUGACACUUUCUCUAAAUUCCGAACCCUCCCCGCGCUUAUAUUUAUCUUAAUAUAAUAAUUACCAUUAUUAUUUUUCCUGUAGAACUUUCUGCGCGCCUACCUACCUCUAGAUGUAUUUAUUUUUAUUUUAUACUUUAAGUCUGUCACCUUGCGGUGUUUCCUCAAGGGGGAGCGUUAUUUUCAUUCUCCCGCUCUGUUUCCAGCAGACGGAAUUGUCGACGUCUUUCUCUGGCCACAGGCUGGCGACGUUGGUAAGGGGAGGGAAGUCGCUUGUAUAUUAGAAACUCCAUUUUACUUGUCAAUGUAAAAUGUCUAUUCCUUCGGUCAUUGUAUCUCGAUUGAGAUCGGAUGUUCUUUGUCGGUUUAUAAUUACCUAUUAUGCAUAUUAUAUAUAUAUAUAUAUAUAUAUGUAUAUAUAUAUCGGUUGUCUACAAGCACCUUGCGAUAUUUUAUGCAUUGUCGGUGUUUCUUUAUCGCUUAAUGUAUCUGUUAUUACCAUAGUUUGUUUUUAGAAUAAGUAUUACCCAUUCCAGUGUCUUCUCUUUUGUUUUACAUCUGACAGAAGGCUGGGAGAUGGCUCAAAUGGAACAUGCCGUUAACGUUGAGACAACAUAAAAGAGUAUCACACGUUAAUUAUUACAAAUUGAUAAACUGUAAAGUAAAAACUGCAAACUGCGUUUUUGGGAUGAUUAAAAAUCACUGUUUUAACAGUCGUUUGUAGAUAUUGGUUUCGUAUUUAACGGCUAGAGCUACCGGCUGGAUGAGAUCUGGUGAGCGUGUUGGCCCACAGAAAAACGCAAGCUUAGAUAAGCUGAUCGACAUCUAUAAUUUCUAUGUAUAUUUAACGUUGAUUUGGCAGUUCGUCUUACAUUGUUCCCAUUGUAUGGAUACAAAUAAACGAGCCGAGAAAUGCUGGAGUGAGCUCAAAACUAUAAAGUUAUCAUAUACGUUGUGAACAAAAGUGGACCGUCAUACAUUUUCUCGACAGGACGCAGAAGAGAUUUUUCAGUAAAAUUUUCAUCUGUGCGGUAGCCGGUUUUUUUUUUUUUUUUUUUCGUGAAAUUUUUGCCUCUUCCUAACAUUUGCCGAAUGGUCGUUGUUUAGUUGCACGUUUUUUCCUCUUAGCUUUCCUGCCGUUAGCCAGCCAGCCAGCCAGCCAGCCAGCUCAUCGUAGCCGAUCUGGCCAUCCCCUUGAAUCGGCCUAUUAGCCGUCAUUGACUCAACAGUUGAACGUACGGUUCAAAACGAGCCGAUCUUUAGGAAUGGUUUAGUUCUUUACCAGUACCGCGGUAUAUGCUUUCGGCAGCAAUAUUAGCAUUAGCAUACCUCAUCGUCCUUCAAUUUGCCUACUGAAUGCGUGUGUAUUAUGAAGUGUAUGUACUCACAUCACUGGUCGUGUUGGUGUUGCUCUCGUCACUAUUGUUAUCGUCUUAUUCUUGCUUUUUGAAAUGUUAAUUUUUCUGCUAACGCCUAUAGUCGCCAGGACGACCAACGCUAAAUCGGACGAUUUCCUUUAGAGUAGGCCGUCCCUUCCGGUUCUGCCUUUACGAGUUCGUUAGCUUGAUCGUGUCAUCUCUUUACGUACGGCAACUUUUCUGCUACUCUACAUCAUUCGAACUAGCUGUUGUUCGUAUAGCUUCGGUUGCUCCUUUUUUGUUGUCGUCCACUUCGGUCUUAUCUUCUCUUCUCUAUUUUGUCAUUUUCCAGUCCCCGCUGAUAAUUUGGUCGGGGUGUGGGUCGGUAUGGUGUCAAUUCGUGUCGUGUACUGAUGCUAUCGCAAAAGUUAGCAACGUUCCAAGAAGUUUACUGUUACACUUUACAAUGUUGUUUGUUUGUUUGGUUGGUAAGACUUGCCCUUCCUCCUACACUUGUCAGCGUUCGAUGUUGGCUUUGUUUUCUCAUAGGCAGGAAACUCGUACCUGCUACUUAGUCCUGCUGAGUUCUACGGCAUUUUGCUGACAAUGCGGGAUGAUUAUGGAAAAGCGAUGAUCGUAUCUCUGCUUUGUCAUGUCGUGGCUGUGGCAAUACAAUUCAACGAGCACCGUAUUAUUCAGCCUUCGUUGACUUUUAUUACUAGUCGUUUGAUUCACUUCGGAUUGAGUUGGCGCGGUUGACGUCCACCGGCGCCAAAGGACGCCGAUAUAUAAAUAGUCUUUUUUUUUUUUGUGUAUAUAAUUUGUAUAUGUAUAUAUACACAUCUCCUUUGCGUUUUUUUACCGGCCAUUUUGCGGCUGUCACUUUUGAGAAUCGUUUGUUAUUAGCUUGGUUUUGUCAUCUUGGUUGUCAUAAUAAUAAUAAUAAUAAUAUAGACACAUAUGGUUUGUAGUUAAAAACAGGUUGAACUUUCCUCUUUCAUGGUUUGGUCGUGUGCAUGUUGAGUGACUCAGCAUCAUUAUAACAGUAGAGGACCUCAUACGGGAAAGAACCAAUUGUCUCCGGUGAUAUCUUUACGCGGUUGUUACUAUACUCGUUUUUAUCACUUUGGUUGUUCUCGUUAUUUUUACUGCUACUGAUGUUGUUUUUCUGUAUUUACUAUUUUCGUUGUAAAAAUUGUUCAUUUUUUUUUUAACUACGUUUUUUCGAUUUGACGUCCUCGUUCAUCCUUAACAACGAUCCGCUUCGCUAUUACUGUUGUAUUAGUAUUGGUAUUUAAGUAUGUUUCUUAUUCGGUUGUUAUUGCUAUUGGUUUUCCAUGAUCGUAGUACCAUUGUUUGGUAGUAGACUUGUUACUACAGAUGAAGUUAGUCUGUGAUCCAUCUUCAAUCGCGCAUCUCCAUCGUUUUUUCUUUGAAGUUGUUGUUGUUGUUGUUGUUGUUAUCGCUAUUAUUGAAGACCUUUGAGAAUUUGGCAAUAUGGCUCAUCAUCGUUCGGUCAUCUUCGAUGUUUUUAGUUGUUGUUGUUGUUGUUGUUGUCGUUAUUUUGUUGCCGUUCAUUCGCUGCGUGUUGAACUCGGCUCUUUCUGAGGGCCUUUUUAUAUAUACCAAUUCGUCUCCUCCUCGUUUACCUUCUCCUAUUUGACAGUAAUUGUUAUUAAUUAUUCAUGGUACAUUUACGUUACGUAAUUGUCUUCAUUGGAAUCGUGAAAAGAUCACUGCUUUUCCCUUCGACGCAGACCUUCGUCUCCAGCACUGCUUCAUAUUUUGGUCAUAAUAAUUAUUAAUACAAAUACAUCAAUGCAUUAUACUAAAUAAAUAACGUUGAUAGUUGACAAUCAUCGUUCGAUAGUAACAGUUGCCCAGUCAUCUUAACAUGGUGGGUGGGUCACUCAUUCAGCCAACCGUUCACCUACAGAAAUCCUGAUUCUCUUCAUUUUUUUAUCCCAAUAGUAAGUAUCAAGUCUCGUGUGUAUCAUCUACUCACCACUCACACAGUUCAUUGCUUCGUUACUUCCGUAUCUACGUUCGGGAUUGAUACAUCUGAAUUUUUUUACUGGCCGGGACUUCUCGCAUUAAGCAAGCACACAAAGGCCUGGCAGCGAACGGUCAAGUACUAUUGGUUUCUCCAUCGUAGCAACGCUACAGCGUUUGUAAGGCCCGCCCUGCCUUCCGCGGCCGUUUCCAGCAGUUGUUGGUGGAGCUGCAUUUGCCCACAAAACAGCAUUAGCUAUUUAAAUGAGAAACAUGAAAAUUUUUAAAUUUAAAAAUACCGGAUAUUUGCAAUUGACGCAGUACAGCCAAUCAUGUUUCGCGAGAACGUUACCCGAUCGACAGAUGUCGUAUUCGCUGCUUAGCUAGCUCGUAUUGGUCGUCGUUUAAUUUUAAGUUUUUUUUUUUUUUUUUCGGUAUAAACACACGUAUACACCUGUGUGUAUUUACAUACUCUCCGACGAACGAUUCAUACGUGGACAUUCGGCCAUUCUCGCGGUCUCGUAGAAAGCGUGCUGAUGGCACUUCAGUGUCGCAGCGUUUGUUAGCUGUAGUGAGCAGCUACAGUCAAUCACCCAUGACAAAAUACUCCAGGAAAUUAACAGUUUUUAAAUAGCUAUAUUAGAUACAAUACGGGUCUAGAAAAAAAAAAAAAAAAAAAAAAAAGUUAGUCAUAUAAUAAAAACGGAACGUUCUUGUUCGGGCGUAAAAAGUAUAACCACUUCGACACUUUGACGCUAUAAAAUAGCGCUAGUAAAGUGAACGGGAACCGCAAUUUUCAUCUCACCCCCCCGUUAACCGUGACUAUUCCGUGCCUUUUUCGCUACGACGACGACGACGACGACGACGAAAUGAAAUAGAAAAUGGAGCGUAACACUGAAGCCAUCUUGGAUUUUGGAUUACGAAAUUCAAUUAGAUCGGAUUUGUACGACGGUACUUCGCGUCGUUUUCCUCUUUCAACAAUACGCUGUCUUUCCUAGACAUAAUAGUUUACAUGUAGAAUGAUGCAGGACUGGUUGAAACGUCUUGUUUGGGUAACACGCUAAGAAACGAUGACGUUCGCACUACUAGGACAGGUCAACCCUGAUAAUACUCAUAAUAACCAUAAUAUAGGACCCUAACGAACUAUCAGUCGCAAUCGAUUAAUUUCGUUAUCGGAAGAACAACUUCACCCCCCUAUCUCGAACGAGUAGGGUCCGCGUUGUAGUUUUACAAUAUUCAAUAGAGCUUCCUGAACUAAACAGGUGACGGCCAUCUGUCACCUUAUCGAGACCUUGAAGUUUCCCCAUUUGCCGAAAUCGCUUUAUGGUAGAGUACAUUGGUUUGUGUACGGUAGCUGUUGAUGCUACAACUCGACAUGUUGCUCAAUAGCAUUUUCGUCAUGUCGAUAUAUUUUUCUGUCUUCUGUGCAUGCAGGUAGGUUUGCAUAAAAACCUACUCUUUUACUCUACUUUUCCCAUUGCGGCUGCUCGUUCAUUCGGGGCUAGACGUCAGUCGUCUCUACGAUUACAUUUUAUUUUAGCGGAAAUUUACUGUAGUAAUUAUAGAAAUUAUCUUUGCCUGAAAUUUCGCAAAAGCCUCGUGAUAAAUUCCGCUUUGGUUACAUCCUGUAAUUUCUCGAAAUGUAUAUAAUAUUAAGGAUCGUUGCUUUUGCUAUAACGCAGUAGUUUCUUUCAGGGUAUCUACCGCUAAUGAUCAGUAACUAGCACAGCCAAUCACUUGCUCAUCUAUGGAGUAAUAGAUAAAAAUCGAAUAUUUUGCACAGGGUAUUCAAAUAAUUAGUGUUCGAACUUACCCGAGAAGAAGAUUCUGCAGUAAGUGAGUAAAAGAAAGAAACGACGCGGUUUGUUCGUUGUGGAAUCUUCACUCCGUUCUCUGAUGGAAGAAGUUGUUGAAGAUGUCGGCUUGUUCAAACGUACUUAUAACAGUUGCCCUCAUUUGAGUUCGCCCGUCGUACAAGUGCUCUGUGAGCUGUUCCAUGGUGUUGGUGUAGGGAUAAUUUUCAAUCAUCCCGAGAGACAUUUAUAUAAAGACGUAUUCAAAACUAACUUGGUCUCAUCUUGGAUGAGUCUCGCUUUAACAAUCUACCGAUGCAGAGCAUCUUGCUUUAUUUACACUCAGUUCAACUACGUAACCUUUACGCAAUAUAUCUGUAUGUCGUAACGUUGCGUUGGAGUCGUCCUUUCAGUAGAGUGUCCUGAUUUUUUCAUUGCUGAAUCAAGCGCCUUACGCCUGCCGCCUGAGUGCAUUGAACUGCCAUGGCUGGUUGCUGUAUCGUGUUCGAAGUGCUGACCGAAUACGGGUAAGAAAAUAGGCGAAAACAAUCAUAAUAAUAUUGGAGACUUUGUUUCAAAGAUAGAAAUGAUAUGCUGAUAUUGAUCACAUGAAAAGUGCCCCCUUCUCCGAUAAAAAUUCUAUAAAUCCACAAUUGAAGUAGAUAGGGAAAACAAAAUACGUUUAGAUACGUAAAAACGAUAUAUAUCACCACAAUACCAUAGUCUACUUCAAUAACAGACUGGAUUGAUCAGUAUGUGAUUCUGCUGUGUCAGGCUCAGUGUCGCUCUCUGAUAGUUGGUAGGGGGGGGGGGGCACGAGGUCAAGUCGAUAUUGUUCUUGUGUUGACGUCAUUGCGACUCCCCUCUAAGCGUUUAGCUCAUGUUAUCUCUAUACAUACACAUUUAUCUUGAAAUCGUCAUCAUCGCUCGAUCACAAUCUCGCUGGUCUGUUUGACCACUGUAGUUUUCCAAACUGUCGAUCGAUCGAUCGGUCUCGGAUCAAUAACAAUUCAAGUGUAAUGUACAAAUUGAUUUGUUUGCCAGACAAUUUAUAAUAAAACGAAUAGAGUUUUAGGCUGUCAGCGUUAUGAUAGGUGCUAUAUAGAUAGUAUAGAAAUUGUCCGUUAUACGUCGGAUGUAUUUGGCGAAAAAGUCAUAACUUUAGUUUUCUGUUCAUUCUAGGUAGUGACCACUUACAAUAUAUUCAACUUAGCUUUGACAUAUUAUAGAUUGCCUGCUUUGCUGGUGUGUCUGGGCUACGUUGAACGCAAUGGCGAAAUAUCUAAGUAAAGCGUAAAAUUCGGUGCUUUGUUGGUAUUCUAUAGUGUUGUCGGCCUCUGCUCCUCCGGUGGCCUUCCGCGCCGCGAAUCGUCGUAUCGUGAGAUUGCGUGGAAAUCAGCUUCUUGUGUAUGUAGACGUGUCAUUUUAACUUUCACGUUUUUUUACCUAACUCUUAUAACAUUUUGUUAUUAGU